GCCAGAGCAGCUGCUUACGCAUAUUCCGUAGAGUCUGUCCAGCAGCGCUGCGGAGGAUUUCCAGCUGCUUCUCUAUUCGAGCUUUUUUCUACAAUCAUCAUGAACAGUACCGGCUACAGCAGAUCAGGAAAAACCUUCCUGUUCACCUCGGAAUCGGUCGGACAGGGACACUCUGAUAAAAUGUGUGACCAAAUUAGUGAUGCCGUUUUGGAUGCAUAUCUUUCUCAAGACCCUGACGCAAAAGUGGCAUGUGAGUGUGUGGCCAAGACAGGUAUGAUUCUGCUGUGUGGAGAGGUGACAUCAAAAGCAGUGGUGGAUCUUGAGAAAGUGGUCAGAGACACUGUGAAGGACAUUGGAUAUGACGACUCAUCCAAGGGGUUUGACUACAAGACCUGCAAUGUGCUUGUGGCAUUACAGCCACAGUGUGAGGAGAUUACUGACUGUGUAUUUGAAGGCAGAGAUGAAGAGGACAUUGGCGCUGGGGAUCAGGGUUUCAUGUUUGGCUAUGCAACAGAUGAAACGGAUGAGUGCAUGCCACUGACCAUCCUCCUGGCCCAUAAGCUCAAUCACAAGAUGAAAGAAUUGUCAAAGAAUGGGGAGUGUGCAUGGAUACUACCUGACUCUAAAUCCCAGGUUACUGUGGAAUACCGUGAUAACAUGGGAGUCAUGGAGCCUAUCCGAGUCCACACAGUAGUCAUUUCAGUCCAGCAUACACCUGACAUCACACUUUCGGAAAUACGGAAGAAUCUGAUGGAAAAAGUGGUGAAGACAGUCAUUCCAGCAAAGUAUCUGGAUGACCGGACUAUCUAUCACCUGCUACCUAGUGGAAAGUUCCUUAUAGGUGGUCCGCAGGGAGAUGCCGGCCUUACUGGUAGAAAAAUCAUUGUGGACACAUAUGGUGGCUGGGGAGGCCAUGGGGGCGGGGCCUUCUCAGGUAAGGACUAUUCCAAAGUGGACCGUUCUGGAGCCUAUGCAGCCCGAUGGGUGGCCAAAUCCCUUGUCAAGGCCAAGCUGUGCAGAAGAGUGCUGGUACAGAUCUCCUAUGCCAUUGGCAUCAGCCACCCUUUGUCCAUCUCUGUUUUUCAUUAUGGUACGUCAACAAGAGAUGAAGAUGAGCUUCUGGAAAUCGUUCAGAAGAAUUUUGACCUACGACCAGGGGUGAUUGUCAAAGAGCUUGGUCUAAAAAGGCCCAUCUAUCAGAAAACUGCCAGCUAUGGACAUUUUGGAAGAGAGGAAUUUCCCUGGGAAAAGCCAAAGAAACUGGUGUUUUAGUGGUUCAUCAAACAAGACCUUCAACAUUCAGAGAAGCAUAGAGAAGCAUAACAUUUGAUGUACUUAGAUAGACAGAUGUGAGAUUUUAGUGAUGACUGCAGUCGUUUAGAGAGAAAUUUGGGAAUACUUUAGCUGUGUCUGAAACUGGUAGCUGACUUGAUGCCUUUCUGCCCAUUCUGGAUGCUUUUGCAUGCACUUCAUAAUCUGUUUACUGCAGAAUAUUGAAGUCAGUAAUCCAGUCAACAUAUUCACAUUAACUUAAUCAGAUAACAUUAAUCAGAUAAUUGGAAAACUUAGAGUUUACAUGAGUUAGUGAGGCAAUAAUCAGAUUUUGCAACCAGCCAAUAAUCUCACAGACUAAGAUGUGACGUAAAUAUUAGGUAAAACCUAAACAUCAUGCUUAAUAUGAUCAUACAGAUUAUUUAAAUCCUGUUGCUACUAUUUUCCAUGCCCUUGAAUUGGAAUAGAAAGAGUGUGGUGAACUCAGAGGUUUUAGGCAGGAGUUCAGGGCAGCUUUGCUGGGAAGCGUGAAGCUGAAGCCCCCCAUGAGAAGAGAUACAGGAAAAAAGGAGGAAGAUGAGGAGGAGGUGGAUGCGAAGUAGUUCGAGAUGCAGGUAGAGAGGAAGUGAGGGUUUAUAUAGGUUUGAGUGGGAGUGGUAAAGGGCGUGGAUUAACCUCCCAAAAUUAAUUUCUGCGUUACAAGUUUGGUUGUGGUGGCAUGGUCUGUUUUUGUGUAUGCCCAAGAAUACUCUGAUUUAUAGUUUACAUGCACUUGGAAAUACAAUUCAAAUACAAAUCCAGCUCUCUCUAUUAGAUUUCGUAAUUAGAUUUUUACACCUUAAUUCGAUCUGAGAAAUCAAAGUAUACUGUUUACAUGACUACUUGAAUAAUAAGAUAAAUGCAGUAUUCUGUCAAUGAACUGAUUUUUUGUGCAUGUAAACUCAUUCAUUGUCCUACUCAUGAGGUAGUGUUGUGAUGAAGGUCUCUGUGUCCGAAUCAAAAGGCAACAGAAUAUACUGAUGUUUUCAAUGUAUGGACUAGAUAUACUGCUAUAUGGAAGUACAUGUUUAGCUUUGUUGGCUAUAUAUUGGCAUUUCCCCAAAUAAAAUAUUCUUAUUCUUUUUCUGAAUUAUUUAUAAAAAGGCUUUAUUACUAAACUUUGUUUCAGCCUUGGCUGGCUGCCUUCCUGCUAUACAUUUCAGACACAGACUUAUUUCUGUAUUCUUCUUUUAGAGUCAUUCUUAUGAUUAUCUCUAAACUUACAGCUGCUGUUUUUUUAUUAAUUUAGGGAGAGAUACAUUUGACUGUUGGGGCAUUAGUGACUGUGGCACUGUGAAGGGUUUUUUCAAAUCUAUUUUUAUAUAAAUCAUUUUUAAUACUUUUAUAAUUUGUUACAUUUUGUAAUUUUAAUAAAAUACAUGUUUGUUGUGAGAUUUCUGCAAAAAUAAACCAGAACACUCCAUGAAAUUUA